CCAUACGCGUCUUGUUGAUAAUGCUAGUGCUAACUGCUAACAACUGUAGUCUACUUUGUUGUCACGGAUAGAAAAGCUACUUGCUAUUUUCUACAGGAAUUAUUAAACAACUUCUCGAUGCAUAUGUGGUAAAAAGUCUCCAGCAUAGCAGAUCUGGUCCUGUGGGCAUCAGUAUCACACACUGAUCACAUUUCACACCUGCAGUGAAGCCCCUCCCACAAAAAUUCACCAAUAAAUACUGGGAAUAUUCACAUCAUCCUACAAGAGAAGAACAAACUCCAGGAGUAGCAGCUGAAAUCUGUGUGACUGUUAAAGUAAAGAUGGAGUUUAUUAAAGUGGAGAUUGAAGACAUGAGUGAUCCAGAACCAUCCAGAAUAAAACAUGAAGAUAUUGAGGAACAAAUAGACUGGAUGGAGAUGAAACUGCAAAAACAUGAACCGAAUGAAGCAGAGGAGGAAAAGUAUAGCAUCAAAACUCAAAGAACAAAAACUAAUAAGCUGCACACCUGCUUUCAGUGUGGAAAGAGUUUCAGUCAAAAAGGAAACCUUAAGACACACUUGAGAAUUCACACUGGAGAGAAACCGUAUCCAUGCACUCAGUGUGGAAAGAGUUUUGCUGGUGAAUCAGGUCUCAAGUAUCAUCUGCGCAUUCACACUGGAGAAAAACCAUUUAACUGUGAUCAGUGUGGUAAAGAUUUUAAUUCAUCAUCGAAUCUAAAACAACACCUAAAUGUUCAUUCAGAUGAGAAGCCUUAUGUGUGUUUCUUCUGUGGAAAGAGUUUUUCAAGAAUGCGUCAUUUUAAACUGCACCAAAAAACACAUAAUGAAGUGAGAGAUCAUGUGUGCUUUGAGUGUGGGGAGAGCUUUACUACAUCUGCCCAUUUAAAAAAUCACCAAAGAAUUCAUACUGCAGAACGACAUUACAAGUGCUCAUAUUGCGAGAAGAGUUUCACUCGUUCUGAAAACCUGAAAUCACAUGAGCGACUCCAUACUGGAGAGAAGCCGUACUACUGUACUCAGUGUGGGAAGAGUUUCAGAUGUAAAACUGAUCUCAGAUAUCAUCAUCUCCGCGUUCACUCUGGAGAAAAGCCAUUUAACUGUGAUCAGUGUGGUAAAAAGUUCAUUUCACCAUCACAUCUAAAACAACACCUGAAAGUUCAUUCUGAUGAGAAGCCUUAUGUGUGUUCUCUCUGUGGAAAGAGUUUUUCACGGCUUAACAGUUUCAAACAGCACCAGAAAAUACACAAUGAAGUGAGAGAUCAUGUGUGUUGUGACUGUGGGAAGAGUUUUACUAAAGCUGACAAUCUGAAACAGCACCAAAGAAUUCAUACUGGAGAAAAACCUUACAAGUGCUCAUCUUGUGAGAAGAGUUUCACUCAGUCUGCACACCUGAAAUCACAUGAGCGACUCCAUACUGGAGAGAAGCCGUACGAAUGUACUCGGUGUGGGAAAAGUUUUAAACAUUUAUCAAGCCUUCACAUUCAUAUGAAAUUAUGUUGCAAGUGAGAAACAUUUGUUUUUGUCAAAUACAUUCAAGUAAAUAGUGAGAGAUAAAAGAUAGAUAUGGAGUUUGUCCUAAAUGCACAAUAUCAUCUACAUUUUGUCAAUUUGGUGAAAAGCUUGGAAAAAUGAUAAAG